UCAAACUCACUGCCAGCUAUCCAGCACUAACAGCCCUUGGCUGAUACUCUGUCACACUCAACGAGAAGACUUUCACUGUGGAAUAGUUGACACUGAUAGAAAGAGGAUGGAAUCUAGCUACCUAGCAUCGUUAUCACUGGGCGAAGAGUCCAGCCAAAUGUGGAGUCUUAACAAGAGGUUAGAAGCAUAUCUGUCCAGGGUUAAAGCUUUAGAAGAAGAGAAUGAAUUGCUCCGGGCAGAGAUACACCAGUUGCAGAGCAGCAAAUCUGAAAGUUGCUGGAAAAAGAAGUUUUUCAAUGAGAUGCGCAAGUUGAGAGAGGUCUUGGAUGAGAGUCAUGCCGAGGUGGUCCGGGUGGAAGCGGACAGAGACAACAUUUAUGAAGAGAUCGAGUUUAUCAAAGAAAGGUGUCUGCAAGAACGCCAUGCACAAGAGGACGCAAAGAAAGAGUUAUCCGAAAGCAAGAAACUGCUGGAAGAGGAAAACCGAGCUCAGAUCUGGUUGAAAGAAAGACUUCUCCAGUUGGAAGGAGAGUUGGAAGAGAUAAUCAAAGCUCACGAAGAGGAUAAAGAACUGAUGGAGGAAGAAAUUUCAAGCAUCUCCCAAAGACUGCAGAACUUCAAAGUGGCACCAGUGGUUAUCCAGCCGGUCAAUGUGGAUGACUAUGCGAACAAGCUCUCGGAGAUCUGGCGAGAGGCGGUGGAAGGGUACAAGAGUGAAGUGUCAGUGCUGGAAACUAGCUUGUCAGAGUCCAGGGAAAACCUGAGAAAAGUGCUGGAGGAAAAUAAGCAGAGCAAGAUACACCUGCAAAACCUGGAGAAAGAGAUGCAGAGCCUCAAGACGAGGAAAGACCUGCUGGAGGAGAUUCUCUCCACGCAGUUGCAGGAGCAGAAGGAAGAGGAAGGCAACCUACAGUGUGAAAUUGAAGAUCUAGAGAAAGAGAAACAGCAUUUAAGGACACAGAUUGCGCAGGUUCUGGAGGACAGACAGCAGCUCAUGCACCUUAAGAUGUCACUGAGUCUGGAAGUGGCCACAUACAGAUCCCUUCUUGAAGCGGAGAGUACCAGAAUAUACAGCCCAGGGAUGGAUUACAAACUGUCCUCUGCCUUUAGCGAUUCUUUUCUGGAGCCGAAAAAUGCACGAAGAAGACAGAACAGAGAUAACAAGAAAGUUCUGUCUACAGAAUAUAAUCUGAGCUCCAAUAAAAAGCAAAGAGCAGAAAAAAACGAGGCAUCAAGGACAUCUGCACACCACCUCCUGAAUGUGAAAAAUACUUCAUAUGAAAAAAGGACAAGUCCCGUUACCAAAGAGUUCCAGAAAGUCAGCUCAGUGCUCCAGUCUCAAAGCUAUACCAAAGCUCCCAUUGCUAAAGCAGUGUCUUCACUACCUGCGCUAGAAAGCAGUUUUGAGAGGCGCUCUCAGUCUGCAGAGGUUUUCAGGAAAACGAACAGCAAAACAGUUUCCCCUUCCUAUUCACUUGAUUCAUCGAAAGACAAAGGUCUUCAAGAGCAGAAAAAAUAUACAAAGGACUUGCCUGUAUUAAAAGAGCAUAUUUACUCUACCGAAGAGAGGGAUUCAGGGAAAAAAGAAGCUCUAGAUAAAGUCAAUAUUAAAUCUCAUUCUACAAGUUCACAGGAAGCCCCCACUUCACAGCUGAAAGAAGAUAAUUUGGACGUAACUUUGAAAAACAUUGUUGAAAUAAAUAAAUCAAUAGCCCGGGAAUAUGUUCAGAAAGUGCAGGAGAAAAAGGAGGAGGAACAGGAGAUUCAGUUAAGUGAAACACAUCAAGAAGAGAAGAAAAAUCUCAAUGUGCCUAAACAUGACACGUCGGAAGAUAUAGUUCUUAAUAUUGCUUAUCAAGAUGGAUCUUAUAAAAGUACAGAGGCCAUACAAGCUUCUGAAGAACAUGCGACAACAAGAGAAACCAUCAGUUAUCAGAGCAUAGAUUUCAGCCUACAAGAUGUUAUAGAAUCAAAUUUUUCAGAAGAAAAAGAGGUAGAUGAAGGGAAAGUGGCAGAAGCUCUUGAUUUACAUAAAUUAAAUACAGAAGCUGAUUUAACACUUUCUCCAGAAAUAUCUGAAUUUGAUCAGAAACACGAAAUUCCAACUUUCCAAAUCACUGCAGUUGAGAAGAAAGAAUUUCAAUUGUUGUCGAUGGACAAUGACAAUGUGUCAGAAAUCAUAAGGAAAACUGUUGGAGGACUUUUGGGAAGCAACUUGAAAAUCAUGUCUGUAACGGAAGUUGAACACGUUAGUUAUCAAGAAGAUGAUUCACAAGGAUCCCAGUCAUUUGACCAGCACAUUGCUGACCAGCUAAGCAUAGAAGAUGUUAAUGUGCAGCCUAAUCGAGAAGGGCAAGAGACUGUUGAUUUAGAUAAUGCAGAAAACAAAACUGUCCAGUUGCCACAUGAAGAACAGGACAGUCAACUGUCCUAUGAGGAAGAAUGGACAAGUAAGAACUUGGAGGAACCAGUUCAACAAAUGCAAGUGUUCACUGUCCUUAAGCAGUAUGCUGCAGAAUUGCAUGAGAUUAAAGAGCAUAAUUUGCAACAAGACCAGGAAGUAGAGAAGAUUCUUAGCUUGAAUGCUAUGGCAGAAGAGAGUAAACUUUCAUAUGAUGGAAAGACAACUGAAAAUAUAACGGACAUUGAAGAACCAGUUCAACAGUCUGAAAUGUUCACGCUUGAGCUUGAGCAGGCAAGUUUACAGCAAUUUCAUGAGGCUACAUCUCUUGAGCUAGAGAAUGCAGAGAAAGAUGAUCAGAAAUGUUCCACUUUCAUUGGAACCGAGGAAAAUGUUGAGCAGAUAAUUGCCAGUGUGCAAGUUAACCAAGAAUUUAAUAGCAGGUUUGAGUCUGAGAAUCAGCACUUUGACAAGUUAACAGAAGAUGAAGAUUCCAGCCUUAAAGAAAACAUUAUAGAAGAAAAGGACUUUGGUUUCACCAAUGCUGGAUUACACAGUAUCAAGUUGACAUAUGAACAUGAAGGCCAACUCUCAGAUAUUGAACAGAAAAGUGAUACUUCUAGUGAUGAUAAAAUAUUAAAUGGUGUGGAUGACUCUAUUCAGAUGUUGGAUAACAAAAUCAGUUUGGAACAAUCAGUUGAUGUUGAACAGGAAACAACACAACCACUUGUUAUAGAAGAUGACAGCUUGCAACAUAGCCUGCUGAAAAUCAAGAAUAUUGGGCCAUAUGAAGUAGAGGAAGAUUACAAGACGAUAAAUGCAGAAAAUGAUUAUCAAGGAGAGAAAAUUAUCAGUAAAAAUGAAAGAACAGAUGUUGGUCAGUUGGAUAAUGUCGAAGAAAAAGAACCCAGUGCUAAAGAGGUUUUGACUCAACAUCUCAUUGAAGAAGGAGCUGAUCUAACUGUAUCAAGUGAGGUGAACAUAGAUGACCAACAGAUAGAAUUAAAAGACUAUGCCCAUCAUGUAGAGGAGAAUCUACAGCAGACAAGUGAUAAUGAGGAGUUAUGUCAAUCUAGUGACCAUGAAGAACACACUGCUAUUCUGGAACAUCAAAAGGUGGUCGGUGAUCAUGAUGCAACUGAGUCUUUUUCUGAUAUAAGGAGAAAUGAUGCUGAAACUUUCAACUUGGAUAUCGGACUUUCGAAUGACACAAUCAAAAUAGAAGUUGAUAUUGUAGAUAAAGUGCAAGAAAGCCAAUAUGAAAUCUUUGAACAUGAGCAUACAAAAGAUGAAAAAGAAGAACAUGUUUUUUCAGAAAAUGAAAAUGAUAUAGCAGAAAGGCAGCAGGAGUGUUUUUUAACUGAGACAAAUUUGGAAACAAAUGUUUCAUUCACAACUAAAGAGGUUUUAAACACUCAAUUUGAAUUAUCUGCAAAUUUACAGUGUGAUGCAUCUGAGGAAGAGAAUGAAAACAAAAGCCCUGACCACUGGGUCAAUGAGGUUGUUACUGUAGCAAAGGAGGACUUUCAUUAUGUUAAUCAAAGUCCCGUGGAACCCAAGUCAGAAGAAGUAUAUAGUGAGGAAAUUGAAGAAAUAAAAGAAAGGGAAAGGGGAUUUAAUGUGAAUGAAGAAGUAAAAAAUGCAGUGGAAAACAAAGAAGAUAUAGAAGUUACAUAUACAGAGGAAAAUGUUGAGAGUAAAGAAAAAACAGAGGAAUAUGACAGGGAAAAUGUAGAGGCUAAAGAAACUGAAGAGCAUGUUCAUAAAAAUGUGGAAGCCUUAAAUACAGAUGAAAACAAUGAAGAUGUAACAAAAACAGAAGAAACUAUUAAGGAAAGUAAAGAAAGCACAAAACCACAGGAAAUUAAGGAGAAUGCCGAAAUAAAAACUGUUGAAAGCAGAGAAGAAAUAAAAACUGUAGAAAUUAUAGAACCAAAGGAAAAUGUUGUGUAUGAAGAAGCAACAACAGUAACUAAACAGGAUUAUGAACAUGAAGAGGCUAUACAACUAGAGGAAUAUGUUGAGGAAAAUGUAAAAGCUUUUAAUGCAGAGGGCAAAGAUUGUGAAGAAGUAAGAAAAACUGAAGAAACUAUUGAGGAAAAUGAAGAACACUCAAAACUAGAGGAGCAUAUUAAAGCGGAUGAAUUUACAGAAACAGUAGAAAAUGAAGACAAUGUAAAAACUGGAGAACUUACAGAAACAGAAGUAAAUAUUGAGCAUAAAGAACUAAGAACAACAGAAGAACAUGUCGAUGAAAUUGUAGAAGCUAUAAACACAGAGGAAAAUCUUAAAGGUAAUCAAGACAUAACAAAAGCAGGAGAAAUUAUUGAGGAAAGUGAGGAAAACAUAAAAACAGAGGAAAUUAUUAAGGAGAAUGAAGAAAUAACAAUAAAAGAAGAAAUUAUUAAAGAGUAUGAAGAAGUAACAAAAGCAGAGGAAAAUAUUGUUGAAAAUGAAGAAGACUCAAAACCAGAGGUGAAUAUUAAGGAGGAUAAAGUAACAGAAACAGUGGGAAAUGAAUACAAUGUAAAAACUGGAGAAGUAACACAAACAGAAGAAAAUAUUGAGGAGAACAAAGUAGACUCAAACACAGAAGAUAAUAUUCAAGAGGAUGAAGUGACAGAAAUAGUGAAAAAUGAAGACGAUGUGAAAACUGGAGACGUUACAGAAACAGAAGAAAAUAUUGAGUGUAAAGAAAUAACAACAACAGACGGACAUGUUGAGGAAAAUGUAGAAACUAUAAAUACAGAAGACAGUGAAGAUGUAAUAAUAGCAGGGGAAAAUAUUGAGGAAAGUGAAGAAGACAUAAAAACAGAGGAAAUUAUUCCGGAGAAUGAAGAAAUAACGACAAAAGAAGACAUUAUUAAAGAGUAUGAAGAAGUAACAAAAGCAGAGGAAAAUAUUGUUGAAAAUGAAGAAGACUCAAAACCAGAGGUGAAUAUUAAGGAGGAUAAAGUAACGGAAACAGUGGAAAAUAAAGACGAUGUAAAAACUGGAGAAGUUACAGAAAUAGAAGAAACUAUUAAGUGUAAAGAACUAACAACAACAGAUGAACAUGUUGAGGAAAAUUUAGAAACUAUAAAUACAGAAAUUAGUGAAGAUGUAUUAAAAGCAGGGGAAAAUAUUGAGGGAAGUGAAGAAGACAUAAAAACAGAGGAAAUUAUUCAGGAGAAUGAAGAAAUAACAACAAAAGAAGACAUUAUUAAAGAGUAUGAAGCAGUAACAAAAGCAGAGGAAAAUAUUGUUGAAAAUGAAGAAGACUCAAAACCAGAGGUAAAUAUUAAAGCGGAUAAAGUAACAGAAACAGUGGGAAAUAAAGACAAUGUAAAAACUGGAGAAGUUACAGAAAUAGAAGAAAAUAUUAAGUCUAAAGAACUAACAACAACAACAGAUGAACAUGUUGAGGAAAAUUUAGAAACUAUAAAUACAGAAGAUAGUGAAGAUGUAAUAAAAACAGGGGAAAAUAUUGAGGAAAGUGAAGAAGACAUAAAAACAGAAGAAAUUAUUCUGGAGAAUGAAGAAAUAACGACAAAAGAAGACAUUAUUAAAGAGUAUGAAGAAGUAACAAAAGCAGAGGAAAAUAUUGUUGAAAAUGAAGAAGACUCAAAACCAGAGGUGAAUAUUAAGGAGGAUAAAGUAACAGAAACUGUGGAAAAUGAAGACAAUGUAAAAACUGGAGAAGUUACAGAAACAGAAGAAAAUAUUGAGCAUAAAGAACUAAGAACAACAGAAGAACAUGUUGAGGAAAAUGUAGAAGCUAUAAACACAGAGGAAAAUCUUAAAGGUAAUGAAGACAUAAUAAAAGCAGGAGAAAUUAUUGAGGAAAGUGAGCAAAACAUAAAAACAGAGGAAAUUAUUAAGGAGAAUGAAGAAAUAACAAUAAAAGAAGACAUUAUUAAAGAGUAUGAAGAAGUAACAAAAGCAGAGGAAAAUAUUGUUGAAAAUGAAGAAGACUCAAAACCAGAGGUGAAUAUUAAGGAGGAUAAAGUAACAGAAACAGUGGGAAAUGAAUACAAUGUAAAAACUGGAGAAGUAACACAAACAGAAGAAAAUAUUGAGGAAAACAAAGAAGACUCAAACACAGAAGAUAAUAUUCAAGAGGAUGAAGUGACAGAAAUAGUGAAAAAUGAAGACGAUGUGAAAACUGGAGACGUUACAGAAACAGAAGAAAAUAUUGAGUGUAAAGAAAUAACAACAACAGACGGACAUGUUGAGGAAAAUGUAGAAACUAUAAAUACAGAAGACAGUGAAGAUGUAAUAAUAGCAGGGGAAAAUAUUGAGGAAAGUGAAGAAGACAUAAAAACAGAGGAAAUUAUUCCGGAGAAUGAAGAAAUAACAAUAAAAGAAGACAUUAUUAAAGAGUAUGAAGAAGUAACAAAAGCAGAGGAAAAUAUUGUUGAAAAUGAAGAAGACUCAAAACCAGAGGUGAAUAUUAAGGAGGAUAAAGUAACAGAAACAGUGGGAAAUGAAUACAAUGUAAAAACUGGAGAAGUAACACAAACAGAAGAAAAUAUUGAGGAAAACAAAGAAGACUCAAACACAGAAGAUAAUAUUCAAGAGGAUGAAGUGACAGAAACAAUGAAAAAUGAAGAUGAUGUAAAAACUGGAGAAGUUACAGAAACAGAAGAAAAUAUUGAGUGUAAAGAAAUAACAACAACAGACGGACAUGUUGAGGAAAAUGUAGAAGCUAUAAAUACAGAAGAUAGUGAAGAUGUAAUAAUAGCAGGGGAAAAUAUUGAGGAAAGUGAAGAAGACAUAAAAACAGAGGAAAUUAUUCCGGAGAAUGAAGAAAUAACAAAAGCAGAGGAAAAUACUGUUGAGAAUGAAGAAGACUCAAAACCAGAGGUGAAUAUUAAGGAGGAUAAAGUAACAGAAACAGUGGAAAAUGAAGACAAUGUAAAAACUGGAGAAGUUACAGAAACAGAAGAAAAUAUUGAGCAUAAAGAACUAAAAACAACAGAAGAACAUGUUGAGGAAAAUGUAGAAGCUAUAAACACAGAGGAAAAUCUUAAAGGUAAUGAAGAUGUAAUAAAAGCAGGGGAAAAUAUUGAGGAAAUUGCAGACAUAAAAACAGAGGAAAUUAUUAAGGAGAAUGAAGAGCUAACAACAGAAGAAGAAAUUAUUAAAGAGUGUGAAGAAGUAACAAAAGCAGAGGAAAAUAUUGAGGAAAAUGAAGACUCAAAACCAAAGGAGAAUAUUAAGGAGGAUGAAGUAACAGAAACAGUGGACCAUGUAGAUGAUGGAAAAACUGAAGAAGUUACAGAAACAGAAGAAAAUAUUGAGUGUAAAGAACCAUCAACAGCAGACAAACAUGUGGAGGAGAUUUUAGAAACUAUAAAUUCUGAAAAUAAUAUUAAAAAUAAUGAAGAUUUAAUAAAAUCAGUAGAAAAUAUUGAGGCUAGUGAAGAAGACAGAAAAACAGAGGACAUUAUUAAGGAAAAUGAAAAAUUACCAACAGAAGAAAAUAUUAAAGAGCAUGACGAAGUUACAAAAGCAGAGGGAAAUAGUGUGGAAAAUAAAGAAGACACAACAGAUGAAAAUGUUAAGGAAAAUAAAGAUGCAACAACCAUAGAGGAAACCAUUAAACUAAUUGAAGUUGUUCCAAAAACAAAUGAAGAUAUUUAUAAAAAUGAAGAUGUAAUUAAGGAAAAUAAAGAAGUAACAACAGAAGAUAAUAGUGAGCUUGAAGAAGAAACAAAAACACAUGAAAAUACUAAAGAAAGUGAUGUUACAGCUGCAGAGGAACAUAUUGAGGAAAAUGAGUUUUUAACAAAAACAGAAUACAAUAUUGAAGAAACCGAAGGAGUGAUAAAAGCUGAGGAAAAUGAAGGUUUACCAAAAACAUCAAAUGAAAUUAUUGAGGGAGGAGACAAAAUAAACAAAGAACUUACAAAUGUAGAGACUGUGGAAGAUUUAAGGCUUUCAGAAAAUGAAAAUAUUGAGAUUUUAAAUAUCACAGAACCUCAUAAUAAAACAAAAACUAUUGCAAGUCCAGAUGAAAAUGAAGAAAACAUUCACAAUUUGGAAAGGUUUGUGCAGCAUGAAAAGUCAGAACCAAGUGAAGAAAAUGAUAGCCCAUCUUUAUUACAAGCAGAAAAUUACUCAGAAUAUACUGUCAAAAUCUCAGAAAUACCCAACAUAGAAGAUGCUCCUAAGAAUGAGAAUGAUUUUGUAAAUUUGGAAGAGCAAACCAAUGCUGUUGAACUGUCAUCUGAAAUUCCUACUGCUGAUUCUCAUGUACGUUAUGUUGAACAUGAAAAUGAUAUUGCAAAGUUUGAAGUCCAGAGUUUUAUUGAUGAACAGCAGGAUGCAUCACAAAAUAUCAUCACCAAAACAGACAAUGAGGACUCAGAAGUUGAAGAAUCUGUAGAUUCACAAGAAGAUUUGUCACUUUUGUCACAGAGGAGUGAAGAGUUUGAAAUUAGUAGUGAUUACCAUCAAGAGAAAACAUUGCCAGACACAACACCUCUACCUAACAUGGAUUAUGAAUUUGAGGAUAUACCUAAGGAGCACGUUGUCUUACCACUAGAGUCAACUGACAUUAGUGAAGAAAAUCAAUCAAUAGAAGAAUCUGACAAGCAUGAUUUUUUAGCAGAUGAAUUUGCAGAGGUUGCUGUUGAAAAACCUGAGGAGAACGAACCUGCGAAAGUCAAAGAAUCUGUAAAAUCACAAGAAGAUGUCUCGCUUUUAUCACAGAGGAGUGAAGGGUUUGAAAUUAGUAGUGAUGACCAUCAAAAGAAAACAUUGCCAGACACAACACCUCUACCUAACGUGGAUAAUGAAUUUGAGGAUUUACCUAAGGAGCAAGUUGUCUUACCAUUAGAGUCAACUGACAUUAGUGAAGAAAAUCAAUCAAUAGAAGAAUCUGACAAGCAUGAUUUAUUAGCAGAUGAAUUUGCAGAAGUUGCUGUUGAAAAACCUGAGGAGAACAAACCUGCUGAAGUCGAAGAAUCUAUAGCUUCACAAGACGAUGACAAAUAUGUUACUGAUGAAGAAAGAGAGGAACUGAACGUUUUCAAAGAUGAUCAUGCUACAGACACUGUAAAGCAGGUUGCAAAUGAAACAUUGCAGAAAAACCAAGAAAGUAUCAGUGUAAAUUUUCAGUCAGUUUCUUCUAAAUCUGAAGAAUUGGUCAAUAUAGUUUUUCAAGGAAACCAACAGUUUGAAAUUGAUCAAUAUCAAGAUAGAGUCUCAGACAGUGAAGACGCUGGAUCGUCUGAUGAUGGAUCACCAAAUGCCACAAUAAAGUUUACUUCUGAACAUGAAGACAUCAGAAAAGUUAUAACUACGGAAGUAUAUGCCGAAGUUGAAGUUACAGAAGAAUUUACAGUAACUUCUAAGGAACUGGGACACAUUGUUUUUAAUAAUGAAGAAACCAAAGAGACACCUGCAGAACCAAUAUCUGCUUGUGAUGAUAUAGUUCAAAUAGAAUGUAAUUUAUCAGACCAAGAAAAAGAGGUGGCAAGUGAAAGCAGUGACUCAUCUUGUGAUCUGAGCAACGCCCCUGAAUCAAGUGAGCUUAAGAGUCAAUCAAUUGACAAGUUUGAUCAUUCUGCUCUGGAAUUCACAAAAUUAAAUAGUGCAAACAUUGAUGCAGUGAAUGGACAACAGGCAAAUGAAAAGUUUGGUUGGUCAGAUGAUAUGCUAAAUGGUCACUCUGAAAGGGAAGACAAAGAGCAUGAACAAUCUUGCAAAAAGGGCUACAUACAGUUAGACACUGAUGCUCCAUUUAUGCAUGCGUAUGAUCAGGAAUUCCUUGGUGAUUCGGUAAUUAAAUUUGCCAUGUCAGAAGGUAAGGAUGAGGGUCUAUUCCAGGCAUUGCUGGAAACAUCAGAACUGAAAGACCUUAGCAGAACAGAAGAGGUCCACUUUGCGUCAGAUAGUCAAACCACCAAAGAAUCCUCAGUGUAUCUGGAUUCUGCUAAUGAAAAUGAAUAUACCAAGCUAGUGCAAAAUCCCUACCUUAUAGAUAAAGAUUUCCAUGACCAACCUCAGGUAAUUUCCACAAAGCUUCCCUUGACAGAAGAAGCCCUUAUUGAUUCAACAAACGUACAAGGAAGUGAAACAUAUGCAGGAGUUUCCAAUGUAAAGCACGAGGAUGACAUAUCUUGGUCAUCAGAUGACUAAACAGACUAAAUUGCCUCAAUAUAUUUGUGGAGCAAAAGUGACUAUAUUUAUUUUCUCAUUACUGUGAAUAUAUCCACCUGGUUCUCUGAGAAUUUUGGUAAUAGGUUCCAUCCAAACGAGAAAUAGCAACCAUAUAUUGGUACAGUGGCAUAUAUGGGAGGAUAUAUUUUAAUGUCUAAUGAUGUCUGCAUUUGUAUGGUGUUUGUAACUGAACCUACCAUUCUAUGUUCAGGUUAAUUUUAUGCAAAAUGCGUUGGGUGUUCACUGUGAUUCAGUGCUUUAAGCUCAAAGAAAGGAACCUUGAGCAAUAUUUUUUUGCCAACUUGCUGUGAAUUUUGUCAGGACCUUGUUGAAACCCUUCAAUUAGGGGACUGGCAUAGAGCGUUAUCCGCACUGAAGAAACAUUAGAAGUAUACGUUUGCAUGUCCAUAUAGUAUUUAAUGAGCAUAAGUUUGAUUCUGUUUGGUUUGCUUUUCAUCUAAUGUAUUAUGAAUGAACUAUUAGGAGGCAAACCUAUACAUUUUUUCCAAUUACUGCAUCCUUACAAAUGGAUGCCCUAGCUUACAAACAUAUAUGUGCUUUUAACCUUUAUGGGAUCAUGCCUUCUUACAUUCCCAGGUUUAAAGGACACUAUUAUAUUUUCAUUACAUUUGACAGAGCCUUAAAUGUUGUAGGAUCAUUUUCAGUUCAAUAGCGAAAUAAGUUAGCAUUUCAUUGCGUGACCUUAUAGAACUAUCAUACCUUUUAUAUUCUAAAUAACAUGCUCAAAUCAUAUAUUAGUGCUUUGGCAUACAUAGUAGCAUGACAUAAACUGGCCUCUUAGUGGGACCUCUGCUUUAAACAGAUACCCAAAGGGGGGUACACAUGUCAUAGUUGCCUAGACAGCAUAUAGAGUAAGAUUAUUUUUUUUUUUAACUUUUUGUAAAAACAAAAACAAAAAAACAUUCUGUGCAACCUGGCUAUCUACAAUUCACUCUGGUAUAAAUAAACAAAGUACAAAGCAGUUCAAGUGUCAAUUGCCUUAUAACGAGUGAUUUUAGAAAUGGAACAAAGCUACAACGUUACUAUAGGAAUAAGUUAAUUACUUUAGUAAAAUGCAUGUUUUGAUUUUAUUAUAAAUAAUUUCAGCAGUAAAAUAUUUAAGUUACAUCAAACUUAGAAAUGAGGAACAUAUGGGUCAUACUUAUAUAAUUAUGAUCUUAGACAAACAGUGCCUUUUCUGCUUCAUCCCCUUAAAGCGUGCAUACAUUUGUUUUUUUAAAAAGCUACUAGUUGACAAAACUUUACAUUUCUAAGAAGUUUUAAAAAAAAAUGUAUUAAAGGUUUGUUUCUUGCUGAACAUGGGAUUGGUGAAAUCAGACCAUCACUAUCAGCAAGUUCAAACAAAAAGGUUUCCUAUUUUCUUGCACCGUAGAGAACUGGAACUAUGAGCAAAUCGUAGAUUCUGAUUGGCUGCUGUAAUCACACGCUCUCUGCAACAGUGUCUUCUUAUAUCAAUAUAUGAAAACUUUGGCAAAGUUCCAAAAUGGCCACCUCCAUACUGAUGUUCUAGCAGAUCUUCCAGCAGUAGUUAUAGCUAAACUAACUACAUCUGGUUAGAUGAAGAGAUCUGUGUGGCAUAUUGCUUUAAACUGAUUUUUAGUAAUACAAUAUUGAAAGCUCCAAUUUGAUAAAAAUACAGGUACAGGUAACAGCUACACUGGGUCAUGUGGAUUCUCUAAGAGGAUGUCACAUAAAAAAAAAAAAGAAACAAUUAAACAAGUUAUUGGGAAAAAAAACAUGUUUUUUGAAAAAAUGUUCUAAUUGGCUCACUUAAUAUUAUGAUGUGACCCAUGAUGUAUUAUUGUGUAAGCACUGAUAUCCAAAGGAUAAUCCUUUAACAUGUCUAUUGGUAUCUGUAGGUUAGGCAUCACUAAUUAUAAACAUAUAUGGCUGGUAUCCACGAUUGAUGAGAAGUAACCCAUUCAAAAAUUAUUUUACAUUACACAGCCAUUUAGAAGGUGGCCACUUUGGCAGGGAUACCUCUUGCUCUUGUUGUCUAAGCAGAGUACUGUCUCAAGCAAACAGUGAAUCUAUAGCCGAUGAGCAAUAUUCAUGACGCUCAGCUAUUUUGGCCAUUAUAUUAUUAUCUUAUUAUAAUAUAUAAGAUAUGUAAUUAAUGAUGCUACCAUUUGAAAUGACUCUUACAGAUACCAAUCUCACCAGCAUCAAUGAAUGUGGACACUGGAAAGCUAAAAAAAAGACUGAAAUGUGUAAAUAAUUUAUAAAGGAAACUUAAGACAAAACAAAAAAAAAGUUGAAAUCAUGUGCCUUCCCUAAGAAUUAAUUAAUAAAAUUUGCUAUUGUAUCUUU